AUGGAGAAGGACGGCCUGAGCCGAGCCGACCAGCAGUAUGAGUGCGUGGCCGAGAUCGGGGAGGGCGCCUAUGGGAAGGUGUUCAAGGCCCGGGACCUGAAGAACGGCGGCCGUUUCGUGGCGCUGAAGCGCGUGCGGGUGCAGACGAGCGAGGAGGGGAUGCCGCUCUCCACCAUCCGCGAGGUGGCGGUGCUGAGGCACCUGGAAACCUUCGAGCACCCCAACGUGGUCAGGCUGUUUGAUGUGUGCACAGUGUCACGAACAGACAGAGAAACCAAACUAACAUUAGUGUUUGAACACGUUGAUCAAGACUUGACUACGUAUUUGGAUAAAGUUCCAGAUCCUGGCGUGCCCACUGAAACCAUAAAGGAUAUGAUGUUUCAGCUUCUCCGUGGUCUGGACUUUCUUCAUUCUCACCGGGUAGUGCAUCGUGAUCUGAAACCACAGAACAUUUUGGUGACCAGCAGUGGACAAAUAAAGCUGGCUGACUUUGGCCUUGCCCGAAUCUACAGUUUUCAAAUGGCUCUUACCUCAGUGGUCGUCACGCUGUGGUACAGAGCUCCAGAAGUCUUGCUUCAGUCCAGCUAUGCCACCCCCGUGGAUCUCUGGAGUGUUGGCUGCAUAUUUGCAGAAAUGUUUCGUAGAAAGCCUCUUUUUCGUGGAAGUUCAGAUGUUGACCAACUAGGAAAAAUCUUGGAUGUAAUUGGACUCCCAGGAGAAGAAGAUUGGCCUAGAGAUGUUGCUCUUCCCAGACAGGCUUUUAAUUCCAAAUCUCCUCAACCAAUUGAGAAAUUUGUAGCAGAUAUUGAUGAACUAGGCAAAGACCUACUGCUGAAAUGCUUGACAUUUAAUCCAGCCAAAAGAAUAUCUGCCUAUGGUGCCCUUUCGCAUCCGUACUUCCAUGACCUGGAGAGGUUCAAGGAGAACCUGGAUUCCCAUCUGCCACCCAGCCAGAACAGCUCAGAGAUGACGACAGCUUGAGGUCCCAGCUGCUACCUCAAGCUGGUCUUCCAGAAAACCCACUGGUGGCUGAUGGGGUCACCCUCAGUAAGCCUUGCAGAGCGGUUGCGGAUCACUAGCUGGAGACCUUCUAGCUGCCAUCUGCUGGAUGGGCUCUGCUUCUCCGAGGAAACCACCUAGUUUACUGUUUUGAAAUCAAUGCAAGUGUGAUUGCAGCUUUAUGUUUAUUCGUGUGUCUGUUUGUCUGUCUGUUUGUUUCAAGAACCUGGAAAAAUUCCAGAGGAAGAGAAGCUGCUGAUAAAUUGUGCUGCCAUUUCAUUUUUCUAAACCUUGAAUGCUGCCAGUGUGAAGUGAGCAAUCCAGGCACAGCUGAGUUAUGAUGUAAUCUCGCUGCAGCUGCCAGAGCCUGAUUUGGUACUUACGGACUGAGUGUGUGUGUGUGUGUGCGUGUGUGUGCGUGUGUGUGUGUGUGUGUGUGUGUGUUGCUCUCUUAAAGUGUGGCUUUCUGUAAACAACCAGAAUAAUUGACUCAUAAAGAUGUAAAGUGACCGAUAAAUAGCCAGCAUCUGUUGACUGAAGGUGAUUCAACACAACAGGCUUCUCAAGCUAGAAAUUUGAGCCUAUGUCCUCAGCAUUUCUUUUCUGGCCAAAACCAGUAAAAUCACUAGUAGUAAAAAGCUCACUAGAAGUUUUACAUGCAACAAAAAGGAAAAAAUUCUAAUAUCUUUUAGGAUUUGGGACUUUUUUUUUUAAGACAUUUUACUCUUCCCCAAAAAAAGCUGAAUUUACUCAAUGUUAGUCCAUUUUAACUCAUAUAAUAUGCUUUAUUGUUCCUUUUGAAAAAUACCUAUAAGCUUUUUGUUAUUUACCGUAGAUUUAGGGCAUGUACCUCAAAUAGAUAAAAAUCAUAAAAAAAAAAAUAGAGAAAGCCUUUAUUUCCCGGUUUGAGAUUUAUUUCCCUUUAUAUUUUUGUUGAUAUUUUCUUUUUUGGUUGGUUGAUUGGUUUUUGUCUCAUUAUAGGAAUUUGUCAGAAACUGUUCCUACUUUGGUUUGGAAAAUAGUUCUCUUUGAGUAGAGACAGGAAUGCUAUUUAAGUCCUCCCCAUCUAUUACACUGUACUUUUCUGCCAUGCACUGCCUUGUUUGCAAAGUGUUCAUCUUAUCUCUUCCCCCUGUGCCUCUAAAAUACACUGCCAUUAUGUAACUAAGAAAUUGCUGAAGCUCUCCCCAGGCACCUCCUGCCUUCUUUCCUUCAGCAAACCUUUCAUAAACACUUAGAUUCCAAUUAUAGCUUAGGCUUCCAGUUCUGCAUCUGUCAGGGUCCCGUUAUGUACUUCUGAUGUAGUCUUCAUACCUGGCAUUCAACUGUUGUUACCUACCCAGUGAGUUAAAGACUGCUUCUUCUAUCACCAGCACAUGGAUUACUUUACUGUUACUUAGUGUCUUACAUUUUAUAGACUUUAUUGCCAGCGUAGCAUCUAAGGAAAUGUCUAUUUUUUAGAAAUAUAUAUAUAUAUAUUUUACUCUAUAUAGUCAUCUUUUUUCAGUCCCUCAGACUGUACUAGUAUUUGGUGACCAUACCUGCAAUCUGCAGAGCUAGCCUGGCUUGAGUAUUGUAUACAGUGUACUUUCCUAUUGUCAUUCACUCAAUAGAACUUUUUAUUAUAUACCAUCUCUGCCUUAUACCUGAUUAGUGCUCAGUCGCUAGUGGUCAGUUGGCUCUAGUAAUGAGAAGACACAGGUAUUUCUUGUCUUCGGGGAAGUUUAGCCAACUUAGCUUUAUUGCUGGAGUCUUGAGUGCAUGCAACAAUUAAACCACAUCUAGGUUUCAAAGAAUGCACAUUGCUAUUAGUAGAAAAUAUUCCAGAUGAUGUUUAUAUUUGUACUUUGCUAUGCCUUACCGAAUUCUUCACAGUUUAAUAUUGUAUAUGACUAUCUUGAAUAAGUUUCUCCUUAAGAGCUUUUUGGGCCAUGGACGAUUCUUUCUUGAUACAGGUUUUUUUAGCAUCCUUCUAAUUCUAUCACUUAAAGAUGAGUUGAAUUUUCUAAAGCAAAAUAUGAAUAAGAAGGUGGGCCAUGAGAAUGUUUUAAACUUUCUUCAUUCUCCAUUUCUUCACUUUGUUCAAACAUGACAUAUUGGUCAUGUUUUGCCAUCACUGUAAAUGCUUGAGAUAUAAUGAACCCAGAGCCUUCGAUGCAAGGUGGACUUUCAGCCUCGCCUAAAACAGGAGCCCUGCUUUUCCUUUCAUGGGGUCAAAAUACAAAGACCUUCUUUGCUGGGGGUCUAGAAAUUGAAUUUUAAAACGCACUGCUGCACUGAAUCAUUGCAAGGUUUUUCAGUUAGCAUACAUAAUUUUGUUGACUACAACUUUAGUUUGUGCUUCUGCAAAAACAUUUGUAGGUUUACUCAAGAAAAAUGCAGCUGUUUUAAACUGGAAUUUUUCAUCAUUCUUGAGGAUUUUAAACAGUAAAGAACUCAGCUUUUAUUUCUACCAUAUGCCUUUGAUCCAUUUCUUCGUAGUUUUUUUUGUUUUGUUUUGUUUUGUUUUGUUUUGAAGAAACUUAAAGCACAAACAUACUGGUGAUUAGAAACUUGGCAAAUUAUCCUCUGGAAGGUAGGAUGAGAGAAUAUCUCAACCUUUCUGUACUUCCUUAAGAGUCUGUGCCCUGCUCUUCCAUCUGUGUAACCGUUGCUCUUGAGUGAUUACCCUUUUAGUUUACAUCUUUUAAUAUCGAGGAUCGCCAGUUCUAAAAUCCAGAUCCUUCACAAGUAGCCUUGCCUUUAAGGCACUUUGAAGCAUUUAGCAGAAUGUGAACAUUCUGAAUACAGCUGUUCUUCUGUGACUUAUGGCCUCCGACAUCUUUGCCAGAAGCAAGGCAAUGGUUGGCUAGAAAGGUCAUUCUGCCCCAGGGUUAUGAUGAAGCAGCUUGUAUGAGGAUGGAUUCAAAUCACACUUCAAUUUCUUUUGAGGAUCAAUGCGAGAAUGUGGUGAUGUUUCUAUAUGAUGUUUCAUGCACAGUUUAGGCAUUCUGGGAACUGCUGUGCAAGAUAGGGUGGUCCCCAGCCUACUUUUAAAAGGAGUAGAAACUUGUCCGUUUUGGCAUCAUAAGGUAUCAUGUGGCAAAGGGUAAUAAUAACCCUCUGACCUCUAGAACACAAUUCCCAAAAACCUGUAGAACUCAGUGCUCUGGAGCCUCCCCUGUUGUCUCUCCUUUGAAGUAGAUGGGAACUAGAAAAGAACCUGUUUUGGAAGAUACUUAAGGCCCCCCUUCACCCUGUAUUCUCAUGAUUUUUCCUCAGGAAACACAUGCUGUGAAUGACAGACAUUUCAUUUAGCCCCAGGUGACCUACUAAAAAUAGUCACAACAGUCACUUAAGAACAGAACUCCUCAGCCUUUGCGUUUGAAGUAAAACUUAAAAAAUUAGAACGCACAGCAUGUUAACAUCUUAAAACAGAUUCCUCUUCAUAGAGAAAUUGAUGGAUUGACUCAAGAUAUGGUGCUACCCCUCUUUAUGCUUAAUUAGUACCAAGCAUUUUGAACCUUAAGUUAUGUAUUUAAAUUGAGUUUUUAAACUAUCUAUAGCUGCUUCUCUCAAAAAUGGUGCCUGUCAAGUCAGUAAUUGCCAUUCUCACUCAUUAUAAAACUUAAAUCAUGUAAGCAUCCUAAUAUCAUAAAUAUUAAAAUUUUCUCCAAAGAAGUUACUUCUAAGUGACAGCUUGACUCUUUAUGAAAAACAUCUGAGAGUGUUUGACAGUUUUCAAAAUCAGACUUCUGUUGCAUAGUUUGAGGUUAGGAAAGAAUAAAGUUAAAAGUUGAGAAGCCAAAUUACUUUAGUUGUGUUGAUACGAAACUAAAGAAUAAUUUGGGGAAACAUAAUAUUGAUAUGUUAUAAAUUCUAAGGUAUUAAGAGAAUUCAAAAGAAUCAAUUCUUAUAUGACACAUUAAAGUGUCUAUCCUCUAAAAAUUAUUUGCAAAACAGUGGGAAGUGAAUAGAGAAAAUUCUGGGAGAAAACAGUUAUUCAAAGAAUGGCAUUUUCAAAGAUAUAUAUUAUUAUGUAUAUGUAUACAGUUUGAAGAACAUGACUUACUGACAUAAAGUCUUAUUAUCAGAAGUCUUCUGGCAAUUAUGUUUGAUACAGUCAAAAAAAUUUUAUAGGAAAGCACUUCCAAACAGCUGCCAUUUCAAAGGUUGCACAGAGGGUCAGAGAAAUAGUACAGGGGUUAAGGUGUUUGCAGCAGCCCCAGUUGAUCUCUGACAUUGCAUAAGUCCCCUUCAACAUGGCCACAUAUGGUCCAAAACCCCGACCCAAAGGAAAGGCUGAAUGGCACAACCAAAUCAUCUAUAUUCCACCCUCAUUCAUGGGAAGAAACAGCCACAUGAAACUAAACUUGUCAUACAAGUCCAAGAAUGUUCCUCAUCUAAAAGAAAUUUUUUUAAUGUUUAAAGUGUGGUAGGUUUCUCCUACCACGAGGACUUUUGAAUUUAUGUGAAACCCAAACUAUUUACAGUGUGCAUUUAGUACAUUUAGAUAUGUGAUUAGGGAAAUGGGUUUACAUGUUCCUUCUCCACAAUGGAAAAACUUGAGGCUACUAAAAUAACCUGUCUAUGCAGUGUCAGUUUUCUGAUCGUUAGUAAGAGUUUUUCUCAAAAGCACCAAAAAAUAGCAUUUUCAUUUUUCUCACCAGUGAAAUUUUCAACCCUGUUUUAUUGCAUAACUAUAUCUCAAGCAUUUCUAACUUGUAAUUUUUCAGAAAAUAAACCAAAAAUAUUAUUUUGAACUUUUUUUUUCUGGCCUCUAUUGUAACCACCAAAAAUAUAGAAAGAUAGUGUCUGAUUCACGGUUUGUUUUCUUUUUAUCAACUAGCUGCUAUGGUUUUUUUUUUAACACAGUUCAGAUUUGCUUUUCAGAAUUUUUUCUGUCUUGGCACUCCCAGGAAAUUAAUGUAGAUAAAUAAAUGGAAUGCCAUCAGCAUUUUCUGUUUUCUUGCUGUUGGCAUUCUGACCUUCAUGAACAGUACAAGAGCAAUUUUAAAAUUAAUCCAACCUCUUUUCAAGAAGCUAUUUAAAAAUUCUUACAACAAUUUGCAGUUGACAUGGUAGGAAAGGAGGUGUGUUUUUUGUGUUUUUGUUUUUGGUAGAUGCCUUUUAAAAAUUAACUGUCCUAAAGAGAUGGGAUUUCUUAUUCCAGUAUAUUCCACUAGAUGGCACUUUUGGUAGGGGGGUGGGGAAGACUGAACAAAGCUAAAAAGGUACUUCUGGAAAUGUCACCCUAACUUGAUUUUCCUGCAUCUAUUUUACUCUUGCCUAGCACUUGUUUCACAAAAUGAUGAAAAGUCUUCACUAUACUCUGUGACUUAGAUAUUUUAGUAGGCAGCUACAUGCUGAUACACUCAUAAAGAAAACCUGCUUAUUUAUCAAGAAGCUUUUUUGGGAAACCUAAUAUCCUCACUUUUUUAGUUGCUUAAAUUACAAAGAUGGACAAGCUUACUACUAAAAAGGCACCACUCAACUGAGAAUAGGGAGGUUUUGUUAAGAGUAUUAAAAUCCAGAGACCCCAAUCAAAAUGCUCAUAGUUGCUGUCUGCUGCUCUCAUAUUUUCUACUAUGAUUAUCUUAAGACAUUGAUUACAUUUUUCAGUCCAAAUUAAAACCUCAUAUGAACAAAAUUAGUAACACAGGAAUUCAGUAGGCAAAACUAUUUUUCCUUAAAAAACUAAUAUGCCAAGACAGCACUAAAGUUCUGCUAAGAGCUUGUGAUUCUUACAUCUGUUUAAUCCUCGGUGUAUAUUUAUAAGAUGCCCUCAUUUUCAAAAGAGAAUUCUAGCCAUGAUCAUAUCACUUAGGAAUCAUUUCUACAGAGGUCAUUACUUUGAAGACAACUUCCUACACACACAGAUUUUACUUCAGAGAUACAUCAUUCCCUCCCCCUCCCCCAUAGUUGUAGUUAACUUGAAAAGGCACCUUCCUCAACUGUAUCUCUGAAAUGUAGGAGGACGUAAAUGACAGUAUUUUUCAGAGUUUCCUGUACACAGAGGGUUGUUUAUUUUUUCUUUUCCCUUCUACAUGGCAGACCAGGCCUGUCCUCCAUGUAGCCAUCAUGCAAGGCUCCCUAAUUCCUACUGAAUCAGAACAUCACACACACCAGGGACUGUCCAAGGCUCACUGAGAAAUCCCCAGGUCUUGUCCAGCUUAAAUGUGUUCUACUUCAGCUUCAAAGUGGAAGGCUGGGGAUUUGGGCCUCAAAUUUGCUAUCAGUGGACCAGUCUGAGCUCUGACUCUGUUCCAACCAAACUUCCACCAUCUGAAACCUUGGAGGUGCGUCUUCACUCCACAUACACACACCCCUUAGCAGUAAGGUGGGCCAUGGUCAGGGCAGCUGGCAUCUGCCUGCUGCUUAUCCCUUAGUGACCGAAAGGAUGUACAGACCCAACGAGAUAUUGUUCCAGGAUACCGUCCAAGUUUCAUUUGCCCUGCUGCUGUCUCAGAGGGAUCUGCUCUGCACUCUUAGGAUGAAAACUGUCCCUAGAAGCAGAUGGAUGCCUUCUGUGCAUAAAUAAGUACAACACAGUUUUCCGAAAGUUCAGGUAUAAGAGAUGCUGCUCACAUGAAGCUGUCGACCAGGCAUCUCGAAAGCUCUAAGCUCAGCUCUUUUUUUUUCAAAUAAGAUGUAUAAUUACAGCAAAGAUUUUUUUAUUUUUUUAUUUUCUGUCAUUCUACAAAAGUUACGCCUGGAAAGGUUUUGUUUUAAAAUUUUGUUUACUCUGCUUCAUAUUCAGUUGGCAAAAGCUCCUAACCCUUUCUGAUUUCUCCUUUUUCCUCUUUUGCCCUCAAGUAAUUAUAAGUAGAUUAGGCGAUUGUCUCAUGUAGUAAAAUAGUUCCCUGUUUUUCAAAAGGCACAUAUCUGUUCAUAUUCUACCAGGAACUAAAGCUACGCACUAAUCAGCAAACAUAGAACCAUACAGUUAUUUAAUUUCUAACUCUGAUUCCUAAUGAUAUUCCAUAGAUAUGCUUAUGUUGUAGUCCUAAAAUGCUCUUUGUAACCUUACUUGAAGUCUCUGAUCUUCAGUUUCAUGAAAUGCAAUAGUAUGUAUUUACUAUCAAUAUUUCUUGAUCACCAGCAACUUGACCUUCAGUCACAUGAAAGUAGGUUACAGCAUUACACUUCUUGAACACCUCAAGUGCAUUAUAAAACCUGCCAUUUUGGGCCUAUGUUUGCAGCAAUGUAACUUCUUAACAGUGUAGUUCCUCAUUUACUUUGUUUUCAUUUAUUUCCUUUUGACUAGUAAUAGGUAUAUUAGUAUAUGGAAUGAAUAGCAUCAACUACCCCCCUGGGAUCAGCACUUAGUACAAUGGGGAAUUUCAAGUUGUUCUUACAUUUGCAUAAAUUAUUUCUAUUAUUAUUCAUGUGUAUUAUUUAUUUCUGAAUCACACUAGUUAGUUCUGUGAAAGACAGACCACAUUCCGGACUCACAUUUUAACGUUCAUUAUCAUGGUGUUGAUGGAUUAAGAAAAUAAAAUUUAGACUAAGCCUCCAAAUGAGCUGCAUGCAUGUUAACAUAAUUAGUUAUCUAAUUGCCCUAUAGAUGUAGUGGUUUCAUGUUAGGUGUUUUAUCAAUAUAUAAAGUAAAGCAAAGGACUUUGUAAUUGUUCUUUUGUUAAAAUGCAGAUAGUAUAGUGGGAAGAUGCCGCAAGCUACUGGUAGGAAACUACAGAUAGAAAAGUGACAGCGGCUGCCUUAAGUUCAGGAGCUCUGGCCCAUGCCUGUCUGGCUCCCAGCAAGAUAUCAGCUGUGCCUCUAGGCUGGCCUUGGAGCUUCCCCAACUAGGCACACUAGCGCCCAUGUAGGUGUAGGGGUGGGAACAGGUAGUACAGUAGAAAGGAGCAGUGUGAGAGUUAACUGUAGAAGCGAAACUGUUAGCUUGUGCCCUGAGGCUUCCAGAACGUAGCAGAUCGAGAAGACCCAAGUUUUUGUGCUUCAAGCUAUUUGGUUUCCGUACAGAAGCAGUCAGACUGGUAAUAAAAGCAAGAACUGCAUGUACGCUGGUCGACAACCAGGAUUUUCACAGCCAACAGUUCCCAAUACCAAAAAGCUUGUUGCGUUUCUGAUACUUUAGGCUUUGAACUGAAGGUUUACUGGCAAGUGUUUGAUGUAGAAGAGCAGUAUGUGUUUUUAAAAGGCACAAGACCAGUUAGUUCCUAUAGAGUGUAGGUUGUUACUAGAGGGGUUUAUAGGUAAAUCAUUUCUUAGAUGUAUUAAAGCAUGUUUCACUGUAAAAUGUGUUAGUAUUCUGCAUCCCCAUAGGGCCUAGUUAAAAUGUUUAUUCUAGAUUUUAGCAAGGCUGUGAUAGCUAGUAAGCUUAUUGUUUUUAUCUUUAUUUUUUACUUAUAAUAGAAAAAGUUUUGAAAGUAGAAGAGAAAACUUAAUUUGGACAUUUGACUUGUUGGUUUCUGUAUUGGAAAUCAUGAUUGUGAAGUUGUAGAGAUUGUGCAUGUGCAUGUCAGAUACCCAGACUGUGUGAGCCAGCCCAGGUUCACUAGUCCUCCCUCUGAAGUGCUCCCUGUCCCUAUCCUGGCCUGUGUGGUGCUCUCCAUCCCCCUCGGUUGCCCUUUGAAUGUCAGGGAUGUGAUGAGACAAGCAUUAGGCACACCCUUCCUUCCAUUGGGUACCAUCAGCAAGAGAAAGUUCCUGGUGCUGGACUCCAGGAGCACACUCACCACACCAAUCCCAAAUGCCCACUGGCACCUUCAUCGACACAUCGGCAUUUAUAAAUCCAGGCCUUCUGCAGAGCAGUUUUGACUCUAAGACAGAGAGGGAAAAGUUAAGAAGAUAAACUCACAUUCCAAGCUGCUGUUUUCUUCACCAGCUACAGGCUAUAUUUUUAUGGUAUUUCCUCAUACUUGAAACUUACUCUGCAAUUUUUAAUCAGGGUACAGACUUAAACAAGGGUGCAUGUUGCUUAAAGGUGCAAACUUACUCUCAUUCCAUUUGUUCUUUGGCUGAAGAAUGCUCUGUUUUUGGUGCUGUGGGUUCAGCAGGUCAAGGAAGCAGUGUGAUAGUUCACUGCCUGGAACUCAGUCUUACGAGACUGUUAGCCAUUGGAUGGGUGUUAGAUAUCACUUCUGCUCUUUGCUCUGUGCACAAGAUUAAGAGUUACCACACUUGGGACUGGAGCGAUAGCACAGCAGGUAGGGCAUUUGCCUUGCAUGCGGCCGACCCAGGUUCGAUUCCCGGCAUCCCAUAUGGUCCCCUGAGUACCACCAGAGGUAAUUCCUGAGUGCAGAGCCAGGAAUAACCCUUGUGUAUCGCCAGGUGUGACCCAAAAAGCAGAAAGAAAAAAAAGUAAGGGUUACCACACUGGCCUGUCAGGUUCAUUGUUGUCAUUCCUCAGUGGGUAUAUAAACCCUGUGCUGUCCCCCAAGUGUGAGCACUGUGCAGCUGUCGGGAAAUAAGGCCCUCCCUUACAUAUCUGGUAUCUUCAACCUUCAUAGAAAAAUGGUCUCACGUGGAGAGAAGGGGCAAAUGAAAAAGAUCACUUCAUUCUAGCAAACAACCCUCUGUUUAGGAGAGGAAGCUCUCCUCACACUAAAAUAAAAAUGCUUAAGGGAGAAAAAGAAACCUUAUCUGUAAAAGUAACCCCUUCGUAGCACUCGGUGCUAAAAAGAUCUUGCUUUCCUCCAUUUAGGUAGAUGAAUAUAAGGGACAGUUUUUCUAGAUUCUUUCACUGGAGGGAAAAAUGGAAAAAACAAGUAUUUAUGUCAGGUUAAUCAAGAACCACUAAGUCUUGACAUUAAAUUUGCCAUCACUAGAAACCUGUGAGCCGAAGGGCAGUUUUCUGCAGCAGCCUGCCAUGUCAGAGGGAGCCAUUCUAGCACACGCCUAAAGGGACAGUUGCCCAGGAAGACUUUGUUUGAAUGACAUAGGAGACAGGAAAUUCAGAGUGUUACAGGUCAAUCAUCUUUUGGAAACUGGAUGUCUCUCUGAGUGCUCGAAAACAAAUUUAGGUUGUAUUGCCAGAUUGUGGAAUUACUUUCUAAGACUUGGUGUUGAAGUAUCACUGUCCAGUUCAUUGUUUUCACUUAUGCACAAGCUAAAUGGAAGUUAAAAAAAAAAGAGAAACUGUUUUAUUUGUCAUACCUUUUGUAUUUCUUACAACAAAAUUAUUGGUAGAAAUAAAAAUAAUAAAAACAGCCA